CUGCUGCCCGGCGGCCAGUGCGGGGCCGACCCCAGCUCGCCUGCAGGGAGGGCUGAGCCUCCUCCGGCCUCGGUCCCGGUCCCCGCGCUGCACCGGCCCUCGCGCCACCGCUGGCUCCCGCACCGGGUUCGGCUGUGGACGGCAGGAUGCUCGGGGCGCUCGUGCUGCUUGCCCUCUGGGCCUCGUCCAGCGCUCAAGCUGGUGACCAGGACGAGGACAUGGCCUUCGACCUUUUCAGGAUCAGCAACAUAAACCGAAAGACCAUCGGGGCCAAGCAGUUCCGGGGGCCCGACCCCAGCGUGCCAGCGUACCGUUUCGUCCGGUUUGACUACAUCCCGCCGGUGAGCGCAGAUUACCUCAGCAGGAUCGCCAAGAUCGUGCGGCAGAAGGAGGGCUUCUUUCUCACGGCCAGCCUGAAGCAGGACCCCAAGUCCCGGGGCACGCUCCUGGCGCUGGAGGGCCCCGGCGCCCAGCGGCAAUUCGAGAUUGUCUCCAACGGCCCGGCAGACACGCUGGACCUCACCUACUGGAUAGACGGCACCCAGCACGUCAUCUCCCUGGAGGACGUGGGCCUGGCUGACUCGCAGUGGAAGAAUGUCACUGUGCAGGUGACGGGGGACACCUACAGCCUGUACGUGGGCUGUGACCUGAUUGAUAGCUUCACGCUGGACGAGCCUUUCUACGAGCAGCUGCGGACAGAAAAGACCAGGAUGUACGUGGCCAAGGGCUCUGCUCGGGACAGUCACUUCAGGGGUCUGCUGCAGAAUGUCCACCUAGUGUUUGAAAACUCAGUGGAAGAUGUUCUGAGCAAGAAAGGUUGUCAGCAAAGUCAGGGAGCCGAAGCCAACGCCAUCAGUGAGAACACGGAGACGCUGCACCUGAGCCCCCAGGGGGGCCCCGAGUAUGGGGGCCCGGGCGCCCAACAGAGGCCGGAGGUGUGCGAGCGCUCCUGCGAGGAGCUGAGCACCAUGAUCACCGAGCUGUCCGGGCUGCACGUCAUCGUGAACCAGCUGCAUGAGAACCUGCGGAAAGUGUCCAAUGAUAACCAGUUUCUCUGGGAGCUCAUCGGCGGCCCGCCCAAGACGAGGAACAUGUCCGCGUGCUGGCAGGACGGCCGGUUCUUCGCGGAAAACGAGACCUGGGUGGUGGACAGCUGCACGAAGUGUACGUGCAAGAAAUUUAAGACCGUUUGCCACCAAAUCACCUGCCCGCCGGCGACCUGCGCCAACCCGUCCUUUGUGGAAGGAGAAUGCUGCCCAUCCUGCUUCCACUCGCUGGACGGCGAGGAAGGCUGGUCCCCGUGGGCCGAGUGGACCGAGUGCUCCACCACCUGCGGCUCCGGCACUCAGCAGAGAGGGCGGUCCUGUGAUGUCACCAGCAACACCUGCUUGGGGCCGUCCAUCCAGACGCGGGCCUGCAGCCUGGGCAAGUGCGACAAUCGCAUCCGGCAGGACGGGGGCUGGAGCCACUGGUCGCCAUGGUCUUCCUGCUCUGUGACCUGCGGUGUCGGCAACAUCACGCGCAUCCGGCUCUGCAACUCGCCUGUCCCCCAGAUGGGGGGCAAGAAUUGCAAAGGGAGCGGCCGUGAGACAAAAGGCUGCCAGGGCGUCCCCUGUCCGAUCGAUGGCCGGUGGAGCCCCUGGUCCCCGUGGUCCGCCUGCACCGUCACCUGUGCCGGGGGGAUCCGGGAGCGGACACGCGUCUGCAACAGCCCCGAGCCCCAGCACGGCGGCAAGGACUGCGUGGGCGAUGUCAAGGAGCAACAGAUGUGUAAUAAGAGGAGCUGCCCCAUAGACGGCUGCUUAUCCAACCCCUGCUUCCCCGGCGCCCAGUGCAGCAGCUUCCCCGACGGGUCCUGGUCCUGCGGCUCCUGCCCCGUGGGCUUCCUGGGCAACGGCACGCACUGUGAGGACCUGGAUGAGUGCGCCGUGGUCACGGACGUCUGCUUCACCACGAGCAAGGCCCACCGCUGUGUCAACACAAAUCCAGGCUUCCACUGCCUGCCGUGCCCCCCUCGCUACAAAGGGAGCCAGCCCUUCGGCGUCGGCCUGGAGGCAGCCAGGACCGAGAAGCAGGUGUGUGAGCCUGAGAACCCGUGCAAGGACAAGACUCACGCCUGCCACAGGCAUGCGGAGUGCAUCUACCUGGGGCAUUUCAGCGACCCCAUGUACAAGUGCGAGUGCCAGACGGGCUACGCGGGCGACGGGCUCAUCUGCGGGGAGGACUCAGACCUGGACGGCUGGCCCAACAAGAACCUGGUCUGCGCCACCAACGCCACCUACCACUGCAUCAAGGACAACUGCCCCCUGCUGCCUAACUCUGGGCAGGAAGACUUUGACAAGGACGGCACUGGGGACGCCUGUGACGAUGAUGACGACAACGACGGCGUGGACGAUGAGAAGGACAACUGCCAGCUUCUCUUCAACCCCCGGCAAUUUGACUACGACAAGGAUGAGGUUGGAGACCGCUGUGACAACUGCCCGUACGUGCACAACCCCGCGCAGAUCGACACGGACAACAACGGCGAGGGGGACGCGUGCUCCGUGGACAUUGACGGAGACGAUGUGUUCAACGAGAGGGACAACUGUCCGUACGUCUACAACACCGACCAGAGAGACACCGACGGGGAUGGUGUGGGUGACCACUGCGACAACUGCCCCCUGGUGCACAACCCUGACCAGACCGACGUGGAUAAUGACCUCGUGGGAGACCAGUGUGACAACAAUGAGGACAUCGACGAGGACGGACACCAGAACAACCAGGACAACUGCCCCUACAUCUCCAACGCCAACCAGGCCGACCAUGACCACGAUGGCCAGGGUGACGCCUGUGACUCGGACGAUGACAAUGAUGGUGUCCCCGAUGACAGGGACAACUGCCGGCUUGUGUUCAACCCUGGCCAGGAGGACUCGGAUGGUGAUGGGCGUGGGGACGCCUGCAAGGACGACUUUGACAAUGACAGCAUCCCAGACAUUGAUGAUGUGUGUCCCGAAAACAGUGCCAUCAGUGAAACCGACUUCAGAAACUUUCAGAUGGUCCACUUGGACCCCAAGGGCACCACCCAAAUCGACCCCAACUGGGUCAUUCGCCAUCAAGGCAAGGAGCUGGUGCAGACGGCCAACUCCGACCCCGGCAUUGCUGUUGGGUUUGAUGAGUUUGGGUCCGUGGACUUCAGUGGCACGUUUUAUGUCAAUACCGACCGGGACGAUGACUAUGCCGGCUUCGUCUUUGGCUACCAGUCCAGUAGCCGCUUCUACGUGGUGAUGUGGAAGCAGGUCACGCAGACCUACUGGGAAGACCAGCCCACCCGGGCGUACGGCUACUCCGGCGUGUCCCUCAAGGUGGUGAACUCCACCACGGGGACGGGCGAGCACCUGAGGAAUGCUCUGUGGCAUACGGGGAACACCGAAGGUCAGGUGCGCACAUUGUGGCACGACCCCAAAAAUAUCGGCUGGAAGGACUACACUGCUUACAGGUGGCACCUGACCCAUAGACCGAAGACAGGCUACAUAAGGGUCUUGGUGCACGAAGGAAAACAGGUCAUGGCCGACUCGGGACCCAUCUAUGACCAAACCUAUGCUGGUGGUCGACUGGGUCUGUUUGUCUUCUCUCAAGAGAUGGUCUAUUUCUCGGACCUCAAAUAUGAAUGCAGAGAUGUCUAAGCAAGACUUGCCGCAUCUCCGGAAAUGUACUGUAGACGCUGUUACCUAGGCCCCAGUCUCUGCUGGUGCUUCCAGCUUCUCUCUCUUUAGCAGCAGCUCCUGUCCUUGACCUUGACUUUGAGGGUCGCUCACCGUCGCCGACCCCAAGCCCACGUGCCUCCAGAGGGUGCGUGUUCGUGGAACCCGACGGGAAACAUCCCGCCCGCCGCCGGAAGACAGCCUGAUGAUGCACCAGACUCUACGUGCAGUGAAAAUUGAACAUGGCAUUACAUCGUUUUCUCUUGUUUGUUUAAAAAGAACGACGUUUACAUAUAAAAUGUAAUUACUUAUUGUAUUUAUGUGUAUAUGGAGUUGAAGGGAAUAUUGUGUGCAAGCCUUUGUCAUAAAUUAAGCAGGAAAAA